CGCACGCUCGCUCGCUCCACUCUCACAUGCACCCAUUUGCCCAUUUAUAGCCCUUCAAUCUCCACCACAUUCUCUAUCCCAAUUUCACCACCUUCCUUACACUCCUCUUCCUUCUCCUCCUCUGUCUACUCCGUUUUUUCUUUUUCGGUGUUUGUGAAAAAAUAAAUAAAUAAAUAACAGAGCCAUGGUGGUUCCGUCACAGACAGCAUUAGACCGUUACUCUGUAAUCAAAACAUGCAAGCCUACAGGCUUCUUCUCUGGGAUUCCUGUCAUAAACCUGACCAACCCUGAUGCCAAGACCCUCAUAGUUGAGGCUUGUCAGGAGUUUGGGUUCUUCAAGUUGGUCAAUCAUGGAGUCCCAUUGGAGUUCAUGACCAGAUUGGAAGCUCUGGCUAUCAACUUCUUUAAUCUCCCUCAGUCCGAGAAAGAUAAGGUUGGCCCUCCUGACCCUUUUGGCUAUGGCAACAAGAGAAUUGGCCCUAAUGGUGAUGUUGGUUGGAUUGAAUAUCUGCUCCUCAACACCAAUCCUCAAAUCACUUCCAACAAAACUUUCUCCAUUUUCCAGGAGAACCCACAAAUUUUCCGCUCUGCUGUGGAAGAUUACUUAUUGGCAGUGAAGAGAAUGGCCAACGAAGUACUGGAUUUAAUGGCUGAUGGAUUGGGGAUUGAGCCAAGGAAUGUGCUGAGUAAGCUGCUGAGUGAUGAGAAGAGUGACUCAUGCUUCAGGCUAAACUACUAUCCACCAUGCCCAGAGCUGCAAGCAUUGAGUGGUAGAAAUUUGGUUGGGUUUGGGGAGCACACAGACCCACAGAUAAUUUCUGUCUUAAGAUCUAACAACACCACUGGCCUGCAAAUCUGUCUGAGAGAUGGGACUUGGGUUUCAGUCCCACCUGAUCAGGCCUCCUUUUUCAUCAAUGUUGGUGAUGCCUUGCAGGUAAUGACCAAUGGAAGGUUUAGGAGUGUGAAGCACAGAGUUAUAGCUGACACAAUGAAAUCAAGAGUUUCCAUGAUCUACUUUGGUGGUCCACCCUUGAGUGAAAAGAUUGCACCUCUACCAUCUGUUUUAGCAGAAGGGGAAGAAAGCUUAUAUGAGCAGUUCACAUGGUGUGAAUACAAAAACUCAGCUUACAAGUCAAGGUUGGCUGAUUACAGGCUUGGGCUAUUUGAAAAAAAACUGCAGGCCAUUUUAGCAAAUGUUUAGGUUUUUGUCAAAGCUCAAAAUAGGUUUGACAGAGUUUACUGAAAUUCCCGUAGAUGGAAAAGCAUAUAGGUCGUUCUUUUACUUUUCUUUUGUGGAUUUUUUUUUUCUCUCUCUUCUGGUUUAAAUGUAACAGCAAAUGCAGCAGCUUCUCUACCAUCAAUGCAAGUUAUCAUCAUGUCAUCAUGUAUACAA